GGACCCCCAAGCUGCGGUAGGAUCAGUCAGCAACUGCCGGUGAACGUUAGCAGACGUAAGCGAUGUCGAGCCUCGACGUUUGAGCGACGAAACGUGUUUUAGUGAUGUGUGAUUCCCCAACACCGAAGCUGAAUUGGUGCCGGUGUUUUGAGGUUUCUCCACCGCUUUUUGCAGAUGAGUCUUGUGCGAUAUAAGGGAUUCCCAUCCAGUACGUAACAAGUCAGGUUAGAAAACAGAAAACAACGAAACGUCUGUUUGCUCAAGUGUUAUCACAGUGCAAGUAGGAUGGGUUGCAUUACGAAUCUGGCAUGAAUUAGGAAUUACCCCGUGUGUUCUGAGAAAUCACUUAUCACAUCACAUUCCACCAUGGCGCCCAUGAACGGCCGCUACACUUCACACGCGAGCGGCGAUCAAACAUCAGUAAGUUGCAUUGUUGACUCAAAGGAAGAAAUUGCCCUAUCAACCCUCGGUUUGGAUGACUCAGAACGGCCCGAACCGAAACGAUCGAACAUCAAACGAUACAGUACGAUAUGCAUCGUAAAUGGGUGCGUUGCGAUUUUUUUGGAUUUGCCACAAAACGUUACAUUGAGCAUGUCUAUGUUGUUUCAGAGCAAAACUGCCAGACGAACUGUGGCAUGCAGUGGUGCGAUGGGUACGGUAUGUUGGUGCUUCUGCUGGGACUCGUCUACAUGGGGCUGCUCUAUUUCCUGCUGCUGAAACCCAGACUAGAGCCAUCUGUGUACAGGAAGUUGGCGCCGAUAGGAUCACAUAUCCAACGGAUGUUUGGAUCGCGACCGGCUAAACUAUCGCUCGGAGCGGCCAUAGUGCUUGGGUUUGCGAUUUUCCUCUACUUCGAUACACGCGCUGAUACGUACCGGCUGAUGCCACUGACUGGAAUGGUUGUACUACUGGCCCUCUCGCUGCUUAUGUCUAAACACCCGAAGAAAAUCAACUACCGGCCCGUCUGUAUGGGCUUGCUGCUACAAGCCAUACUCGGGCUGGUCUGCAUCCGAUGGGACGUCGGACGAAGCAUAUUCUCCUGCAUCGGGGCAAAGGUGGACACGUUCCUGGGCUAUUCGUCCGUCGGCGCUGCAUUUGUCUAUGGCGAUGCGCUUAUCAAGCAGUACGCCGUGUUUGCCUUCUCCGUGCUGAGCGUCAUAUACUUCUUCAGCUUCUUCAUAUCGGUGCUGUACUAUGUUGGGGCGAUGCAGUGGGUUGUGCUGAAGCUGGACUGGAUCUUGCAAUCGCUCAUGGGUACGACGGUGUGCGAAGGAAUAAUGGCGGCGGCUAACAUCUUUCUCGGGAUGAGUGAAACUCCGCUUAUAAUCAAACCCUACGUGAAGGAUCUCACCCACUCGGAGUUGCAUUCCGUGAUGGCGUCUGGGUUUGCGACCGUGUCGGGCACGGUACUGGCCGCCUACAUCUCGUUCGGUGCGAGUCCUGGGCAUCUGAUUACGGCGAGCGUAAUAUCUGCACCGGCCGUGCUUUGUGUGGCGAAGAUCAUCUAUCCGGAGGUGGAGGAAAGCAAAACGACUUCAGACAAUAUUGUCAUCGCGAAAUCGGCCGAUUCCUCUGUGGUGGAUGCCGCUUGUAAUGGAGCAAGUUCAGCGAUCUCGCUCAUUCUGGGCAUCAUCGCGAACCUGAUCGCGUUCGUGUCCUUUGUGGCGUUUGUGAAUGGAUUGCUGGCGUGGUUCGGAAUGCUGGUCGGAUUGGAAGAUGUAUCGCUGGAGUGGUUCUGUGGAUACAUUUUUCGCCCUCUCGCAUUCGUUAUGGGAGUUUCCUGGAGGGAUAGUGAGCAUGUGGGACAAGUCAUCGGUAUCAAAACGGUUGUGAACGAGUUCGUCGCUUAUCAGCGGCUUGGAGAGCUCAUUAAGGAUGAAAUCAUAACGAAACGAUCCGCCACGAUCGCUACAUACGCCAUCUGUGGGUUUGCAAAUCCUAGCUCGUUGGGCAUUAUGAUCGGAGCGAUGAGUGCGAUGGCUCCGGAACGUCGAGGGGCCAUUACUUCCGUAUCAUUCCGUUCGUUUAUUACCGGAUCGGUAGCAUGCUUCCUGACCGCGUGCAUUGCAGGACUUUUGAUAGACGAUCCUCAAGAUUCGCAGGGAUCACCAUCAAAUAUGGCGGCGCUAUCGAACUCUACUGACGUGUAAAACUAGCACGUGGCCAGUUUUCAGUAUUUCUUGAUUUAAGUUUAGUGUAAUAGAUAUUUAAAAAGCAAAAAACCAGUUUAUUGUCACAACAGUGUUUAUUUACGAGCAAGCCAAAAAACCUUUCUACUCAUCUUCCAACAUCCGCGUCCGAAAAUACAUGAGCUACAUCAUCGCGGGAUUGCUAAUACGGGUGGAAUGUGUGGCGUCUGUGUGGCGAGGGGAGGAUGAUUGACUACAAUACGCGUAUCAAUUCUUGCAUCUUUCGUACAGAAAAUUGAGCAAGUUGUAUGACAACAGUAUACAGCUUUCCUCUGACUUUUUUUUUUACAAAAACGAUUUGUCUAAAGCUUUACAUGCAAGUACGAGAUUGAGCUGAUGUACGUAUAACACAUGUAGCACCUUUUCAAAACGGA